AUGGAGGAAACGAAUAAGAGUUUGCUUGAUGAUUCUUUUACAAGUGCAAUGACACUUACCAAUUCAGGUGUGCCUCAAGUCCCUGAUCGUUACGUUCUUCCCCCUUCGCAAAGGCCAGCUCUUGGUUCAAGCUUAGGCACCACUGAGACAACACUUCCUGUCAUUGAUCUCUCUCUUCUAAACCAACCUCUGCUUAGAUCCCGCGCAAUCCACGAGAUUAGCAUGGCCUGCAAGGAGUUUGGUUUCUUUCAGGUUAGAAACCAUGGAAUACCAUCAUCAGUGGUUAAAGAUGCCUUUGAUGCAGCAACACAGUUCUUUGACUUACCUGUGGAGGAGAAGAUGCUUCUGGUGUCUGCAAAUGUUCAUGAGCCAGUAAGGUAUGGCACAAGCCUUAACCAUUCCACAGACAGAGUUCACUACUGGAGAGAUUUCAUCAAGCAUUACUCUCAUCCACUCUCAAAGUGGAUCAAUAUGUGGCCAUCAAAUCCUCCAUGCUACAAGGAUAAAGUGGGCAAGUAUGCAGAGGCAACACAUGUGCUACAUAAGCAAUUAAUAGAAGCUAUCUCAGAAAGCCUGGGACUGGAGAAAAAUUACUUACAAGAAGAGAUUGAAGGAGGCUCACAAGUCAUGGCAGUGAACUGUUAUCCAGCAUGUCCGGAACCUGAAAUCGCCUUGGGAAUGCCACCACACUCAGACUUCAGCUCACUGACCAUAUUACUUCAAAGUAGCCAGGGACUCCAGAUAAUGGACUGCAACAAAAACUGGGUUUGUGUGCCGUAUAUCGAAGGAGCUUUGAUAGUUCAGCUGGGAGAUCAGGUAGAAGUGAUGAGCAACGGCAUAUACAAGAGCGUCAUUCAUCGUGUAACAGUGAACAAAGAUGUCAAAAGGCUAUCUUUUGCAAGUCUUCACAGUCUACCUCUGCACAAGAAAAUAAGUCCAGCACCGAAACUCGUCAACGCAAACAAUACACCUGCCUACGGAGAGUUUAGUUUCAACGAUUUUCUUGACUACAUCUCAAGCAACGAUUUUAUACAAGAAAGAUUCAUUGAUACAAUAAAGAAGAGCAGUUCCUGAAGAUGAUGGCAAAGAAUGCCACAGAAUUCAACAAGGCAAUUUGCAUGGCUCAGUCUUUUGAAUUAAGUUUACGAUUAUGGAUAUUGUAGUCCUUAUCUGCAUCCCUGAUGUAUCUACUCUAUGUAACAUUAUGAAAAUUAUAACGAAACAGCAACCAAGUAAAUGUUGUGCAUGUAAACAGAUAACCCCAUUGUUUAUAUCACAGAAAAAGCUUAAUGUAAUGUCAUAAAAAAAUACUCUUUCUCUUUACCCAAGCAGUGAUUCUAAUAUAUAUCCAAUUCUUAAAGGAUCUCUGUUUCUUUUGGGUUUAUAAAAGAUUUAGAAGCACAAGUAGUUCAUAAUUUGAGCUUAAGACGUAACUGUGUUUGAUUAAUGUAAGCAGCAUCAACAAA